AUGGUGGCAAUAUCGGAGCUGUUGCAGAGCUGUCUCAAUCAGUUUCUCUCAUUAAUCAACUCAGACACGCUCGCCGAUCAUACCGAGGUCCUACUGCAAGAAUGGAGGGACGAACUAGGCCGACUUCGCGUGUGGGCAUCAAAUAUCGGUGCCCAUCAGACCCGUCAAUCCUCGCUGGAUUACCGUCUUAGGGAUGCUUCGCAUAUCAAGAGUCAGGUAGUGAGGCUCUUAGAGCGGUUCCAGGAACUGCUCACUGACCUCGAGGAUGUGCUUGAAGAGAGCAGUGAUGACGAAGCCCAAGACCAUCAAUCUGAAGAUUUGGGAGAUUCAGAAAGCAAGAACUCCACCACCGAGAUUCAAGAAAUCCACCAAAGCCUCGUUGAGACGAUCGACCAACUCUACCAGAUGUCCAUGAUCAUCCGCAAACCCGCACAGCAUGAUCGACUGGUCGGAACCAAAAAAAUGGAUUCCGAGCCCUUCCAGUUGUGGGCUAAGCAGCAUACCUCCACCAGAUAUCCCAACGCAGAUGCGCUGGCUAUCAAUCGUAUCAGUUCCGCAAUGGCACGACAGAGGGCGAUCUUGAAAUAUCGUGAACGACAUCAUGCGAAAUUAAGUCAGGGCAUCGUUUCCGAGAGUGACGGUAAAUCGACCAUACUAUCAGAAACGGUGGUGACAGAUGUGUUUGAGGAGAUACCUGGCCAACUUAGCGACAUGACCUCCGAUGCUGGCGUAUCUGAAACUUCAUACGCAAGCACCCUUCUCGAGGGCACUGGUGCAGAUGCCCCCCAAAUACCACCCAUACCGAAAAAUGGCACAGAAAGGAGACCCUUUGAAUGUCCAUACUGCUUUUACAUUAUCACGGUUCGUGACAGGACCGCAUGGGCGCGCCAUAUUUUCCGCGAUCUGAUGCCGUACGUCUGCAUUCUCCCAGGAUGCUCGACACCCAACAAGCUCUACGGGGGCCGUCGACAAUGGCAUCAUCAUGUCCAGCAAACACAUGCUUCAGUGUCAAGUAUGGAUGGUACAUAUGACUGUUCUAUCUGCAAACAGGGCUCUCUUCCCACUGCCAAGUUUCAUCAACACGUGGGUAAACACUUGGAACAGCUUGCGCUCUUUUUGCUACCACGAACAGACGAAGAUAAAGAUGAAAACAAAGAAGGGACGGAUGAGAAUCUUAGCAGCCUAUCUUCGGACGACAAUUCAGUGGAGAGUGUCGAGCAGCGCGAUAAUAUGAACAAUGCAGCAACACCAGCUUCCGAUUCCAAUCCUAGUAAUCACAAUCCAUUAGGAGGGUCAAGCAAACAUUCCACAUCUUCAGUCGGAGCGAACCUGGGCGAGAGAGAGUCCCCGGGAGAUCUGGAAUCCAACGUGGAGGACGAAAUGCGCGCUUCAUCGUCCCCUUACAACCGCGAAUACGAACUCGCUAUGAGCCAGAAGCUCCAUGAGAAGAGCGACCCCCAGCAGUACAUAGACAUCUGGAAGAAGCAGCAGGAUACCGAGCGUCUAGAGCGUGAACCGGAGAAGCACUAUGACCCGACUUACCCGCCCGACUCCAGUGAGUCGCAGCUAGUAAUUGAAAAAUUGAAGUGGUCCGAAGAUGAGAUCAGUGGACAGAAGCGUGGGUCGGAGACCGGCCAGUAUCAGAAGAAGCUUGAAGAAGCGGAGGAAUAUGCCGCCGAACGUGCAUUCCGCACAGAGGAGUCGAUAGAGCUUGCCUGGCGUAAGGAACAAAAUAAGCUGCCUAAAAACAUUAAUCAGCAGAUUCAAUAUGAGGAUAAGGGAAAGGCGAGGGAGACCGAGGAGCAGAGGAAGGAGUGGCUUGAUAUAGAGGCUGCUGCUGCUGAGAAGUGGAAGCUCGAACAGGAGCAGAUCAAGCAGAGACAGGCGGAUGAGGUGAUCCGGAAGGCGAAGGAGCUCCGCGGUCACCUUCGCGACAUUGGCUAUUCCGAUGAGGAGAUUGAUGCUAUCAUCAAUAAGAAAAAGAAAGAGAAGCAGAAAGGCGAGGAGUUGAGUGAGCAACUGCGCACCUCAGGGUACAACGAGGAAGAAAUCGAGCAUAUGCUCCACGAUAAAACCAAGGAACAGGAGGAGAAGCACAAGGAACAUAAAGUGGAAGAGCCAAGGAUAACUUGGAUCAAAUGCCACCGCAAGCACCUGCUUCCCGAUACCUUGAUAGCCUACAAUCUUCCCUGGGACUGGGAUGAGCACGACUCCAACUACAUCAUCAUCAAGACAUGGGUUGGCGAAGACAUCCAAGAACAGCUCUUCGCCCACACCCGCCGCUUACGCGAGGGCAAGCUCAUCACCCAGACCUCCAGCUCACCACCGGAAUCGCCCACUGUAAAUAAGGAUCGUAAGUUUUUCGGACGGAAGAAGAGCCCUAGCGGUCGUCUAAGGAUAUUCAGCUAG